AUGUCGUUCACGAACCAAGUACUCCGGCGUAUUCCACACGACGCUUCCCUCGAGCAUAUUGUAGCUGGAGUUACAAGCAGCUUUGUCGCAAUUUUAUUGGUCAUAGUCAGUGGUAUCUACCACAUAUACGGGUCAACUGGAGUUGUCGUUGCGGUUAUUGCGCUGCUUGGAUUAGGUCUCCGUUGGAUCUACUGGAACGGAAGGGGUGUAUUCGGCUGGACCAAUGCUUGGCUACGCAAUUCGAACGCAUUGAUCCGUUCAUUGGCCAGUCCAGUCCAAUUGAAAGGGACGCUACGUGUGGUCUGUAUCUCUGAUACCCAUGCAAAGCACCGUGAGCUCAUGGACAUUCCAAGUGGAGACGUGCUGCUGCAUUGUGGAGACUUUACAGACCGAGGGACUCACGAGGAGAUCCGUGACUUUAAUGACUGGCUCGGAAUGCUGCCACAUCAACACAAAGUGGUUAUUGCAGGCAACCACGACGUCUGUAUGGAUGCCGUCGAGUACAACUUGCAUUGGGACAAGGCGUUCGCCCACAAGCAGUACAACAACCCUCGUCUCUCUCGAGCGCUGCUUGCCAAUUGCACGUACUUGGAAGACCGCUCGGUUGUGAUUCAAGGCACUAAGAUCUUUGGCUCUCCUAUGACACCACCCAUUCCUGGGCGUCCGGGCGCAUUUAAUGUGGCUCGAGGCUUUGCCGACCAGCAGCACUGGGCCAAGGUACCGGCUGAUGUCGAUCUCUUGGUGACGCACGGACCGCCUCACGGCAUUUUGGACACGACGUUCACUGGGAUGCAUGUAGGCAGCGCGACGCUGUUGAAGGAGGUUGUGUCUCGAGUUCGACCCCGUUUCCAUGUUUUCGGACACAUCCAUGAAGCGUACGGAGCGACCCGUGUAGGAGGCACGGUCUUUGUCAAUGCUGCCAGCAACACGUUGUUCGCUGAACCUCUUCACUCGCCUGUAGUACUCGACAUUCCCCUCAAAUGCUAG